CAGAUGUGUUUUAAACGGCCACACGUUAUGAAACACAAACGGCUCAGUGACUCUUCACAAAGUUCCCAGUUGAAGCGCUCGUGACGUAGAUCUGGAGAUCAGUCGAACCGUGCAGCAGAAGUCGCUGUUUACAGUCUUUUAUCGUCAUGUGCUGCUGUGAAUGCUCUUUGUGGACUCCAGGGAGACUCUGAAGGAGGAGUUUACAAACUUUAUCCCACCGCAGCAGCCGGAGGAGGCGUGAAGGAGGAGUUGUGUUCAGCCAGAGAGACGAGAGGAGGAAUCCCGAACCCGUUAUAUCUGCACCUGAACACUGACAACACAUCUGCAUGAGUUAUGACGCAGAUUUGAUUCCUGUGAAGUUCUGUUGUGUGGUGUUAUACUGUAUGAUGUGUGAAAGCUCUUGUGUGGGGUCCGGGACCCCUCAGCGUCUGAUGCUUCUGGCCCUCAGAGGAGACUGGAUCCCACUGGAGCAGAAGAUCAAAACUUUAGAUAAAGGAGAUCCAGAGGUCCUGCAGAAUGAUGAGGACUCGGGUUUGAACCUCCUGAUGGUGGCGGUGCGAGAGAGUCGUCUGUCUAUCGUUGACAGGUUACUGGAACUGGGCGUCAAUCUGAAUGACAAAACGAAGGAUGGACGAUCUGUGUUACACGUGGCGGCUGCUCACUCCAAAGACGAGAUUGUCAAAGUCCUGGCGAGAAAAACUGAUCCUAAUUUAGCAGGAGGGGUCAGUGGUCAGUUGCCUCUGCAUUACGCAGCCUCUCGACCCACCGGAGGACUUGGAGUCGUACAAACAUUGCUGAAAUACAGCAGCAAAGAUGCUCGAGUCACACCAGACAAGGAAGGCCGUCUCCCGCUGCUGCUGGCUGUCCAGGCCGGGAAUGUUGCGAUUACACGGGAACUUCUCUCCAGCCAAUCAGAGCCGCAGCUCAGAGCCGUCAAAUCAGGAAACGGAGACACGGUUCUUCACAUCUGCUGCAGACGGAAAGACGUGGAGACGGCCAAAGUCCUGGUGGAGUUCGGUGCGCAAACGGACCGUCAGAAUAAUGAAUGGCAGACGCCUCUUCACAUCGCUGCUCUGGAAGGAGAUGAGAACAUGCUGAAGUUUUUAUAUCACUGCAAAGCCAAUCCCAACAUCUUAGACAAGAUGGACAGAUCUCCUCUGCACAUCGCAGCCGAGCAGGGUCACACAAGCGUGGUGGAGAUUCUCACCGAGAAGUUCAAGUCGUGUGUGUUAGCGAGAACCAAGGAUGGAAAUACUCUUUUGCACAUCGCGUCUCAGUGCGGUCACCCGGGUACAGCCCUCGCUUUCCUGAGGAAGGGUGUUCCACUGCAUAUGCCAAACAAAUCAGGUGCGGUGUGUUUGCAUGCGGCUGCUAAGAGAGGUCACACAGCUGUAGUGAAAGCUCUGCUCCAGAAGGGGGCGCGCGUGGACUCCUGCGCUAAGAGUGGUCAGACAGCCCUUCACAUCGCCGUGGAGAACUGCAAACCUCUGGUGGUCCAGAUGUUGCUGGGGUUCGGUGCACACAUGCAGCUCAGAGGAGGAAAGGCUCAGGAGACUCCUCUGCACAUCGCUGCGAGAGUGAAGGAGGGUGAAAGAGUGGCUGAGAUGCUGCUGAAGAGCGGAGCCGAUGUGAACGCAGAACAAGAGAAUGGAGAGACUGCGCUGCACGUCGCCGCCCGUCACGGAUCUCUGCAGGUGAUACGAGCGUUGAUCCAGGAGGGAGGUGAUGUCACCUGGACAUCAAAGCUGGGUGAAAAUCCUCUGCAUGUGGCCGUGCGUCACUGUCAUGCACAUGUGGUGGAGGAGAUUUUAAACUCUCUGAGCAAUGAGAGGAGCCGGCAGGAGGCACAACUCUGCGUCCGUCAGGGUAAUCAGGACGGUGAGACGCCGCUUCAUCUGGCAGCUGAACUCAAGAGAGACGCAGUUCAUCAGACAGACGAGGACGUCGACAUCAUCAGGAUCCUGAUGGAGCAUCACGCUGACGUCACCGCUGUUACGAAACGGAGUGGAGAAACACCUCUCCAUUACAGUGCCAGGGUGGGAAAUACGGCGGUACUUCAGGAGAUGCUCAGUUACGUCCCCAGCAGUCAACUCCAGACGGCUGUUAAUAAACACUCAAGGAACGGCUGGUCUCCGCUGCUAUUGGCCACAGAGCGAGGUCACACAGAGGUCGUGCGGCUUCUGCUCCAGAACAAUGCCAGGGUGGAUGUGUUUGAUGAGGAGGGGAAGGCGGCGAUCCACCUGGCUGCAGAACAAGGUCAUCAGGACAUCGUCGACAUCUUGCUAUCCCAUAAGGCCUUUGUCAACGCGAAGACCAAGCUGGGCCUGACGCCACUGCAUCUAAGCGCUCAGAGCGGCUCGGCGCGACUCGUACGGUCGCUGGUGGAGACGCAUCAGGCCAGCGUUGACGCUCUCUCUCUGAGAAAACAGACUCCUCUGCACCUAGCAGCCGACAGCGGGCAGCUGGACGUCUGCGGAAGCCUCCUACACCUGAACGCCGACGUCACCGCCACCGAUAUUCACGGACAGACGCCUCUUCAUCUGGCCGCCGAGAACGAUCACUCGGAGGUGGUCAAGCUGUUUCUCAGACACAGACCCGAGUUGGCCACGCUGGCUAACAUGGAGGGAGCGACGUGCGCUCACAUCGCCGCGGCUCAGGGCAGCGCUGCCGUCAUUAAAGAACUGCUGAUGUUUAACCAGGGAGGACUGAUCACUCUCAACCACAAGGCUAACGGUUUGUGUCCGCUGCAUUUAGCUGCAGCUGGUGGUCAUACGGAGGUUGUAAAAGUUCUUCUGGACGCUGGAGCGUCAGUCACAGAAGAAGACACGGAAGGGAUGACCGCAGUGCACUUGGCUGCUAAGAACGGACACACACACAUUCUGGAGGUUCUGAAGUCCAGUGUUUCACUUAAGAUACAAAGCUCCAAGACGGGGUUGACACCUCUGCACGUGGCAGCAUGUUUCGGUCAGCUGGAUUUUGUGAGAGAGAUGCUGAUUAAAGUUCCAGCUACCAUCCGUAGUGAAGCUCCCGUCGCCAGCGGCAACAGCAACAGCAGCGGUCGCGAUGACAUGAAGAGACAUCAGCCGCUAGCUGAGUCAGGUUACACCCCCCUUCAUCUGGCAGCCCGGUCGGGUCAUGAGAAUCUGGUCCGGUUGCUGUUGAAUUCUCCUGGUGUUCAGGCAGAUGUGGAAACAGAUGUUCAUGGCUCCACUCCUCUUCAUCUGGCGGCUGAGAGCGGACACGCGGCUGUGGUGGGUCUCCUGCUCAGCCGCUCCGGAUCUCUCCUGCACCUGACGGACAAACGCGGCUGCACCUGUCUGCACCUGGCGGCCGCACACGGCCACGUGGCCAUGAUCAGAGUCUUACUGGGUCAGGGAGCUGAAAUCAAUCACACCGAUCAGAGAGGAUGGACUCCGCUGCAUUACGCUGCUAAAGCCGGUUGUCUGGAGGUGGUGUCGUUUCUGGUGGAGAGCGGAGCAUCGGCGCGGGUGGAGUGUCGUGCCGGACGAACACCCCUUCAGUAUGCUGCCCAAGAGAAUCAUGAAGACACGGUCAUCUUCCUCCUGAGACCAGAGAAGAACAUCCAGCGUCUGCUCGAUGACAAGAAGUUUGUGUUUGAUCUGAUGGUGUGCGGGAGGAUGAAUGAUAACGUGGCUCUGGAGCAGUGUGUUCUUCACUCGUGCGCUCCUCUGGAUACGGCGGUGCGUCUGUCUCGAGCUCUGACUCUGGCCGCUCUCAGAGAGAAGGAACGCUCUGUUGAUCUGCACGCGGCCGCUCAUCACUGUGAGCUCAUGGCCUCUGACCUCCUGACGUUAGCAGCAUCAGCCGGAGGUCAGGGUGCAGGUCCCAUCAUCAGAGCCGUGGAUCACAGAGGUGCCAGCGUGUUGGACUGUCUGAUCGAGUGCCGUCAGAAGACGGUGGUGUCUCAUCCGGCCGUACAGAAGUGUCUGACAGACGUGUGGUACGGUGGCCUGCAGUGGGACUCGUGGAAGAUCCCGCUGUUGUUUUUCUCUUUGUUAUUCUGUCCUCCUCUGUGGCUCGCCCUCUCACUGCCUCUCAGACACAGUUUCAACACCAUCCCGAUCGUGAAGUUCAUGAGUCAUCUAGUGUCGCACGUCUUUCUGUUGGCUCUCUUCAUCCUGACCAUCGUGUAUCCUCGCUUGAGUCCUCGCUCUCAGUCCCCUCUGAUCCCCGGCUGGUCUGAAUGUCUUCUGCUCCUCUGGCUGUGUGGCCUGCUGGUGUCCGAGCUGACGUUCCCCGGCGAGCGAGGCGGUUUAGCGUGGAUCCGUCUGCCACUGCUGGGCUUCUCUGCCGCCGCUCUCCUCUGUCACCUCCUCGCCGUCUUAACUCAGCUGUGGCAUCCGGCUCAUGAAUUUCACCAGCACUGCCUGUUCGCCCGGAACGUUCUCCUGGCGGUCGCCAUGACACUGGGCUUCAUACAGCUUCUGGAGUUCCUGACGUUCCAUCAUCUGUUCGGCCCGUGGGCCAUAAUCAUCCGAGACCUGUUAAAGGAUCUGUGCCGCUUCGCCGUCAUCCUGGUGCUGUUUCACACGGCCUUCACGCUGAGUCUGACGGCUUUAUAUCAACCUCUGUAUCCUCAAAGCAGCCCUCAGGACAACAGCAGCGCCAAUGCCACUGACGUCGCCGUGCCCGGCCCUUUAAAUAUGUCCUUUCUGCUCUUCUUCGCUUUGUUCGGCCUGACCGAGCUGGAUAAGAUUCCGGUCGUGGAGCGUUCGCCUCCCGCCGCGGCCGUGUUGGCUAAAAUGUUUUUUGGCGUGUACCUGCUGUUGACCUUCAUCGUGCUGAUCAAUCUUCUCAUAGCCAUGAUGAGCGACACCUACCAGCGCAUCCAGGCCCAGUCCGACACCGAGUGGAAGUUCGGUCGUGCCGUUCUCAUCCGAGAUAUGUGCCACAAGUCUGGAAUUCCCUCUCCGUUCAAUCUCUUCACCAACCUCUUCUAUUACAUGAAGAUCAUCUGCAAACGUGGAGGUCAGAUGUGCUCUUCUGAUGAUCAUGAUGUGAUGCAUGAGGAUGAAGACGCUGAAGGUUUGUCCAGCUCACGAUCUCUAGAUCUUCUGGCUCAGACGUCAGUCAGUUGGGUGAGAGGGAACAAAAGAUCACAGAUCCUCCCCGACGGCAAUCAGGUCAUGAUCUCCAGAUCUGGAGGACAGCUGCGUGUGGAGAACGUUGUUGAUUGGCCGAUGAUCGUCCAGCAGUUUUUAGCCCAGCGCAGACAGAGGGACAGAUCGUCUCCGGAUGAAUCUUCAGUUUGAGAAACCAUCUGCACUGUCUCAUCUCUAUCACCUGAGCCCAGAUCUGAUCUUUCUGUUUGAUAAAACAUUAUAACAACGGUUACGGUGAUGAAAGAUGGAGCCACAUUUAAUCCAGAUCAUCAUACUGACAUACAAGAGGAACUAGAAUGUUUGAGAUGUCUGCGAAGAAUCCAAAUGCAUUGUGUAGACAAUGUGUUCUGCUCACAUUUAUCAAUGUUGAGGAUCAUUUCUGGACUUUAUCACUUAUUACACAUAUUAUUAAUUGUGUGUGUGUGUGUGUGUGUAUACAUGUUUGUGUGAUGUCAUACACCUGCGUCUAGACGAAAAUGUCCCUUUUCAUAAAUUGCAUACUAAGGGCCAUUCACACUGUGCAAAACCAGCUCGCAACGCUCGCCACGCCUCUGAAUUAUUCUGAUUGGUCCACUGCUGUGGAACUGACAUUGAUGCCUGUUAAAUUUGGAAUUCUUUUCAUUUCCAACGUCUCAUAAACGCGGCGCUCAUGUGUGAGGCGCUGCAAAGGACGCGAGUGAAACGGUAAUGCAUGUCCGUCACACGCGUGUUUACAUAGAAAAACAAUGGUGUUCUGUGUGAAUGACCCCUUACAGUUUGAACAGAUUGAGACAAAGUAUUUUGUCACCAGCUCAUACAUCAGCAUGUUCUAUAUAGUAUGCAAACUACGUCAACCAUGUUUUCAUUGUCACGCUGUGUUGGUUCGAAUAUGAUGAUGUGUUUACAACCCGCAAAAAUAAUUCACUGUUGUUAGAGAAGAACAAUUGAAUCACAAGGAAAACAUUUUACAGAUCACUAACGGCGAAGUCCAGACUGACAAUCUGGGCAACAUCUGAGCAAAAGUCUUAUAUUGUAUUUUAGACUUAACAUGUAUUAAAAGAACGGCCAACCCUGCUGUUAUCUGGCCUUUUAAUGUAGUUGUUAUAUGGAACUAGAUGAAUUUGUAGUUUUCUCUCAAGUUAGAAGUUGAACUUAGUGGCGUUGUGUCGAGUUUUGUCAUUGUGACUUUACUGAAACACAACUGUAUUAAACCACUCAAGCACUGCCCAGAGAUUGUGUUACACUAUUGUUAUUCAUUUUGUGCUGUUUUAUUCAUGGUGCCAUGAGUGUUAAUGAAAUAUAUAUCUCUGUUUUUUAUUUGAACUUUUUUAAGUUUAUUUCUGUCUACAUGUAAAGGACACACAUGGUAAACUGUACAAACCGUUCAUUCAUCUCUUUAUGACCACAAACAGCACGUGUAGAGAAAUGAUAGAACAGUCAUGAAUUCAGUUUUUUCUUAAAUAAAAAGCAUUUGUUGUGUUA